CCGUGUCAGACAAGACCUGCUCAGGUACCUGCGCAGGAAGGAGCAUGGAGCAUGGACAGCGUUAUCAACACCAGAAACUGUUCCUGCUGAUGCAGGCAGAGCAGCUAAUGCGGGCGUCAGUGGAGUUGGUCUGGCUCAAAGACAGAGUUACAGUUAUGGAGCGACUAAACGGCUGGAGCUUCAAGUCCAAGAAGAUGGACCUGGAUGAGGACUUCUACUUCGACUACGGAGCGGAGGAAAUAACAGAUUAUCAAGACCCCAGUGAACUUGUGUUGGCUUUGAAACAAAAGGAGGAAGAGGUUAUUUUGGCAGCGCAGCUGGGAAACGCGCUGCUCCUGGAAAACCGACAGUUGAAAGAGCGGAGCGAAACACUUCAUGAACAGUACGCAGACAAACUGGAGGAGCUGGAGCAGGGCAGACAUGAGCUGCGGCUGAAGCUGCAGGGUUGCCAGUCCCAGUGGGAGAGCCAGGUGGGGGAUCUGGAGAGAGAUGUGAGGGAGCUGCGUGCUCAGGUAGAGCUGCUCACCCAGGCACUCGGCGAGGCCGAGAGGGACAAGAGUCGAGCCCAGCUGGAGCACAGCGAGCACACGCAGCGUCUCAGGCAGGAGCUGAACACGGCAAUGGAGGUGGAGAGAGCCGUGUCCAGUGAGCUGCAGGCUCUAAAACAGGAGCUCCAACAGAAACGAAACCACAGCCGACCUGAAGACGAGGAGCUGAUCAGUGCCAUGAGGGAGCAGGUCCUGCGUCUCAGCCAGAAGGAACAGGUGUUGGAGGAGCGUUUGAGGAGUGUGUGUCAAGAGAACAUGGAGCUGAGGGCGAGUUUGGCCUCUUUACACACACGUCUGGCUCUGCACGACCAAGUCAAACAGCAGCACAGUCAGCAGCUGGCAGAGGCGUGGCAGGAGGUGGAGGUGGCACGAGAUCGCUCACAGCAGCUACAGGUCCAGGUGGACGAACUUCAGGAGGAGGUGUCACUUCAGGAAUCCAGGAGCCAAGGAGAUGCCUCCCUGCUGUCUGAGCUGGAGAGCAGCCUGGAGACGGCAGCACUAGGAGUCAGCAAAGAAGAGAUAAUACAAGAAAUGGGGUCCAUUCUCCAUUUUCUCCUGCCACUGACCCAGGACACGAACAGCUCAGAUUUCCUGGAUCAACAGGACGACCUGCGGGCCGUAAUGUACCGGCUGAAGGGAGUGGCUCAAACCCUGACCCACAGAUCCAGCCCUCAGGAGCUGAAUCUGGCCUUUGUCGACAGGACGGGUGAUCAGUGUGGGAACGGGAGCACAGGACAGGAGUUAAGAGAUCAGACUCAUUUUCUCCAGAACAACCAACUGCUGCAGGAAAACGCUGAGCUGAGACAGAGGCUGCAGAGCAUGCAGGAACAAGGUGAAGUCGUCCAUCAGGCCAUCAGAGACCGAGAUGAAGCCAUUGCCAAGAAAAACUUGAUGGAGAUGGAGUUGGUGAGAAGUAGAAAUGACAUGAUGUCUUUGAACAACCAGUUAUUGGAGGCCAUUCAACGUAAACUGGAACUGUCACAGGAGCUGGAGGCCUGGCAGGAUGACAUCCAGAUCAUCAUCAACCAGCAGCUGAUUUCCCAGCAGCAGUCAGAGCAGCCUCAGAAGAAGCCCACCACCACAAAUGGCAUGUCGUUCUUCCGCAGGCCCAGCAAGACGCCGCCUACUUGGUCACGCCAAUCCUCCUCCUCCUCCUCAACCUGGAGAUCAGAAACUAAUCAGGACAAAACCCAGUCCCCCUGGAGGGACUGGUUAAGACGAGGAAAACCUGCACAAUAUGGCAAAUAAUGGACACGGAGUUCUAUGAAGAGGAUGUACGAGGAGCGGAGGGCAGAGAAAUCACACGUAAACCUCCUCAUAUGUUCUGUAUGGUGCUUAAGAGCCACUUCAUUCAAUGAUACAUAACGGAGCCAUACUGGACAAAGACUUGUCAAACAGACACUUUUUACUGAAAGGCUGAGCCUUCAUUUAAACCUGAAAUGUGACAAGAUGGAGCACUAUAAUUUUCACCGAGUUACGUUCAAAUAUUUGCCUGAGACUGUAAAUACUGUGCCUUAGUUUGUAUUUACACUGAUUGUCCUCAUUAUGGUGUAUUGUACAUAAUACUGUAAAUUAUUUAAAAGCACAGUCAUGAAUUAAACAUCAGUGUUUGUAACUGAACUGAAUUUUUCUCUUAAGUUGGAAGUGAGAUGUAAGAAACACUGUUUUCAUGUAAAAAUAGAAAGCUUCUUAUUUUUGAUUAAAAGGCAAAUGUGUUUUCUACAUGAUGACAUGGUGAAGUCUGUGUGAAGCAGACACAGACUGUAUGUACUGUAUGUGUAUGUUCUGUGACUCCAUGUUGACAGUAUUGAUGAUGCUUAGUUCAAACUGUGUUUUUGCGACCUAAACUGUCUGACUGACCACGUCUGCAUGAUUUCAUAAAACAUAAAGUUUC